UGUCUUUGUGUCUGGUUAUAAUCAUGGGUUCUACGUGUGUCUUUGUGUCUGGUUAUAAUCAUGGGUUCUACGUGUGUCUUUGUGUCUGGUUAUAAUCAUGGGUUCUACGUGUGUCAUUUUGUCUGGUUAUAUUUAUGGAUCCUACGUGCGUAUGUGCCCGACAGUGACAGAGAGUCCGGACCAAGACGAUAGCACAUGACACGAUGGGCGUCUCCAACACGCUGGUGGCCAAAGCUGAAGACAUAUUCUGUGACGUGACCAGCAUGAGGACAAUGCGCUGGAACUACCGUCGUGUGGCGCUGCUGUCAGCGCUGUUGCUCUCUGUCCUCUACGUCCUCUCCCAGCUCUCGUGGUCCCACCGUGGUAGACAGACAGACCCCAUGGGCGGCCCGGACCAAAAACAGAGGCUGACCCAGUAUGACCUUGACAGUAUCGCGGCGACCCUGAAGGUCAACUACAAGGUCGUCACCAACAGCCCCAGUCCCCACAGCCCACCCUUCACGGUGGCACAGCUCACUCUGACCAAUGCUGGGGAAGUCCGCCUGCCUUCCUUUGGCUGGAAGAUCAUGUUCAAUUCGGUUCACCAGAUCUUUGUGGAGUCUAUGAUCUCGCAGAAAUCGAUCCAGAUCAACUACGGGCUGGAGAUCAGUCACAUAAACGGAGAACUGUACAGCCUGACUCCCACAGACGCCUUCGGAGACGCUCUGAUGCCUGGCGAGGCGCGUGUGCUGAAGCUUCACCUCAAGUGUUGCAGCAUCGUGGUCACGGACAGCAUCCCAAACUGGUACAUGACCGUUCCCGGGCUCCAGCCUCGACUUAUCAAAAGCACCACCGGAGAAUCGUUUAGUUUUGUGGAAGAUCGAGACACCCCAGAGACGUGGAAGCGGGACGCGGACCCCAACAGUGUACAGUUCGACUACUUUGACCCGUUCACAGCCGAGACCAGAUACAAGACAAAAGGCGUGGCCGACCUCGGCUCAGCUCCUAUUCCUGUGAUACCCACGCCAGUAGAGGUGUCGUACGACAAUUCCUCACGACUCAAUGUCUUCAAGGGAAAGUGGAAACUGUCAGUGGACAAAGGGAAGGAACUGAAAACAGAGGCGUUAUAUCUCGGCGAGAUCUGGGGUCUCCCUGUGAGCUCGGAAUCUUUGAGUGGCGAGGUGAUUGAGUUUGUGAGGGAGCCGGUUGUGGUGCGUGUCCGGGACAAGGAGUUACCUCAAGCAGAAUGCUAUGAGCUGAAAGUGUUGCCGGGACAGAACCCCAAGAUCAUCAUCAAGGCUUCUGAACCAGCCGGGGCUUUCUACGCUGUUCAGUCCUUGAUCAGUAUCACUGACCGCCUCGGAAAUGUGCCAGCCACCCUGAUCCGAGACGGGCCGCGGUUCCGGUAUCGAGGACUCAUGCUGGACGUGGCAAGGAACUUCCACAGCAAGGAGACCGUGUUCCGAUCGGAGGCCGACGAUGCCAUGAUAUGACGGGGAAGAACUGUCUGAUGCCGUUCCUGGGCUCUGGUCCCUUUGCCAACACGUCUGGCUCAGGCUACUAUACUGGGGAAGACUAUAGAGCCAUCCUGCGCUAUGCUACGUCCCGCCACAUCGAGGUCAUCCCGGAGAUCGACAUGCCUGGCCACUGUACCGCCGCCAUUGUUGCCAUGGAAGCCAGGUACAAGAGGCUGAGGGAUGCUGGCAGGACUUCUGAUGCCCUCAAGUACAGGUUGCGAGAGCCCAAGGCAAAUGAGACGAACCACUAUUCCGUGCAGCGGUUCAACAACAACGUGCUGAAUCCCUGCCUUCAGUCGACCUUCACCUUUGUGGAGACUGUGAUCAACACGGUGUACUCCUUACACAGCGACAUUGCCCCUCUCAAGGUGUUUCACUUCGGAGGUGACGAGGUGCAGAGACAGUCGAUGGGUUACACUCCUAGCUGUGACAAACUGAAGGCGACCUUGGACAGCACCGAACGCUACACGGGCUGGCAGGACUUCUUCGCGCGGCGUGUGGCCAAACUGCUGCAGACCAGCGACCUGGACGUGGCUGGCUGGGAGGACAGCUUUAAACACAGGAGGAACCCUCUGCCCCUGGAGCUCUACCCAAAUAGACGUGUGUACGCCUAUACCUGGCAGAACAGUUGGGAAGGCGGUGGAGCACAGAUGCCAUAUCUCUUGGCCAAUAGUGGGUAUAAGGUGGUUAUGACGCCAGGCACCAACCUGUACCUGGAUCACCCGCAGGAGCCCGACCCGAAGGAGCGAGGCCUCACCUGGGCCACGCGCUACAUCGACGUCUUCUCCAUUUUCCGACUCGUCCCCGAGAACAUCUACUGGUCGGCAGACGUCAACGGGAACGGCGUCCCGGUGGGCAUUUGCGAUGACCGAGAGGUUUGCAUUCCUCUGGAUAAGCCCGAGAAUAUUGAGGCGGACUGGGAGUACAACCCAUCGACUCCCUCGCGGGAGAAGGAAAUGCACGAGGACUGGCGCCGUUUCGCCAACACGCUGGGACACAAGGAGCUGCUUCGCUUGGACCUGCUGGGCUACAACUACAGAGUUCCUCUCCCCGGUGCUGUAUUUGUUGAUGGAGAGCUGAGAACGAGCGUGGAGUUCCCAGGUCUGGGGGUAGAGGUGUCCUUAGACCUCGGGGAGUCCUGGACUCUGUCCAAGCCAGGAGACAAACCAGUUAGGGGCAGACAACCCAUACUGAUACGUACCAGAUCUGCCGACGGGAAGCGAUUUAGCCGUAUUGUUCGAGUUCCUGGCCGGAAAUCUUGACAAACUGGGUUGUCCUGCUCAAACAUUCCAAGUAGGCAGUCAGCACACCAUCUACCUGAGCUGUUAUACGGAUGCCCUUUACGUCGGCCUGACCCGUCGAUCCCGUCGUUAACUCUUUAAACCCUGAAUUUUUUUCCACCAUUUCCUGAAGUUUUGUCUACAGUCACCUAAGCCUGGUGCUUUAUGUCUCAUUAUAACCCCAAAAGCUUACCUUCCAGCUUCUAAAUGGCGGAAACAAAGGCUUAGUCAUUACUAAAAAAACUUGGUUCGGGAAUGAUUCUGAAAAACAAACAAAAACUAGCAAUAAAUUAAACGAAACAGUUGUAACUAGUAUCAGCGUCCGAUGGGGAACAGGGUUAUUACCUCCGGAUGCUCCGAUGGGGUUUAAAGAGUUAAUGGGGACCCCGUAUUAGGAAAGCUUUAGCAGUAUGGAAGUACGCCAAAUUCCUCCAACCCCUGCCCGAGUCUCUGGUUAUUCUCCGGUCUUGUAUCGACAGUUUGCUGCUUCUGUGAGACUCGUUGGCACCCCAUUCACAUUUCAUGGAAUGUUGAAGGUGUGAAUGAUCGGAAAAUUGAUGAUCUAUGACCUCUGUUUGGGUGGAGGAAACGGAAGCAGUAUAUAUAUAUAUAUAUAUAUAUAU